AUGCAACCGCCAAUGCAACAACCACCACCACCUAUACAGCAGUCGAUUCCGCAGCCUUUACAACAAACGAUACAACAAUCAAUGGGUAUGCCAGGAAUGUUAUCCAUUAUGAGCAAUGCCGGAACUCCAACGUCAUACGUUGGGAAUGUUAACAUAAACGAUUUACAAAUGACAGAAGCAAAUCAGAAGCUUCUUUUGCAAGUACUUAAUCUUCCACAACAACAAAUUGAUUCGUUAUCGCCUGAGCAGAGAAACAGCUUAAUCGCGUUGAAACAACAACUUUUGCUUCAAACUCGGCAGACGUAA